AUGAGUAUUUUUUUGUCCAGAUUGUUAUAUCAUCAUAAGUACGCAGCGCCGCCUGGACCUAAAUUAGAGGCCCUGCGCUCUGCGAUAAUCUCUAAAUUACAGCCCAUUUGUUUCUAUGUAAAAAAUGAUCCGAACUAUGCAACAUAUGUUCAUGAUGAACAUUUUUAUGGAAUACUUUGUUCUCCCAUGUUUGAAGGUAAAAGUUACGCUGAAAUCAAUCAGAUGAUCGAGAAAAUCCUGGAGCCCUUAGAACUUAAAGGUCGUGUGCGAUUAAAUUGUCAACCACCUUCACGAUACCAUAAGCUAAAACGUCACAUUAGAUGGAGAUGGAAUCUCGAGUGAUUUCUUAAACAUCUUCAUUAGUACCCUUGUAAACAAUAAUACUGCAACAAAUGUAUUUUGUGGAUACACAUGUACCUCCAAUUGCGCACGAAAAAAAGAACAAUAUCGUCUCAAUUGAAGCAAAUAUCAACAAAUAAAUCUUUAUUCCGUCUGUAAUAUGAUUUUUACACU